GGUAGUCGCUCGACGUUAGCAAACCAUCCAAAUCAUGUCGAGAAUAAUAUCUUCCCCCUAAAGUAUUUAAACUGGAGAGAUUGCUUUUCCAACAUCAUUCACAUCUCUUUCCUUGCCGAGAACAAACCAAAACAAAAACUUUAAAAAUGUUCAAACAGGUGAUCUUCGCUGCUCUCCUUGCCGUCGUGGCUGCUAAGCCCGGCAUCCAUUCUGUAGCCUACCCUGCACCAUAUGUCGCCGCUGCUUACACCGCUCCUGUGGCUGCAGCUUACACUGCCCCUGUGGCUGCAGCUUACACCGCUCCUGUGGCUGCAGCUUACACUGCUCCGGUUGCCGCAGCGUACGCACCCUAUGCCGCAGCAUACACCGCUCCCGUCGCAGCAGCGUACACAGCUCCAGUAGCGUACUCUUCACCUCUUGUGGCUGCAGCGUACAAAGCUCCCGUCUUCUUCAAAUAAAAUGAAUAAUUGAUGCAAUUUUGUUAAAGUAUAUAAAUAAACGAUUGUGAUAUGUAUAAUAA